CCAAUCCAUAUACCUUUGGAAACCUUCCUUUCUGUUGGUACAUUAUUGUUAUUGUUGUUGUUACGAUGGAAAGGUGGUUAUGUCCUGGUAAAUCAGAACUUUUUAGCGCUAAUCCCCAUAUAAGCAGCUAGAUUACUCCUUUUCAUUGAUAUCAUCAAGAUGUUUGCUUUUGCUUCAAUGCACAUGUUGCCACCCUCCCACUACUGAUUCCUUUCCAUGCUCAUCUAUGGAAUGGUUGGCCAAGUAGUUUUCCUGGCAAGUAUCUUCCUUUUGGUCCUGUAUUUGCAUGUGGAUUUGGGUCACCUUGUCUUAGUUAAGGACCAACAGAUAGGAAAGUUUAAGAUGGAUUCCAAAUCAGGGGAAAAGAAAGAAAUGGAGCUACCUCCAAAAGGGUUUGCCUUUUUCUCUUUAUAGGGUUCUUUAGAUGUGUAUCUAGUUUUAGGAGAAGUAAAGGUAGAGGAGAGUAGGAGACCCACAAUCUAUCUAGGUCUUGUACCAGUGGCAUGUUGGUAUAUGGGAAGAUGACUCAGUUUAUAUUCCCAUCCCUUUUCUGCUUUCCAGCCAUUAACUAGCAAGUUGGUUGGAGGUCCCCAAUUCCAUGUUGUCCAUCCAAUUGUGGGGAAGGUGCGACCUUGUUUUCUGAUCUGAAGUUAACUAGACACUAGACAGUAAUACCAAAUAGCGCCAAUGCUGCAAUAUCAACAUUUCAAUAACUGAAAACACUAGCUCAUUCUUUCUUUCCUCGUUCUGUAUUUGUGUUUUUGGUUAAUUCUUUGGCUGGAUACAAUAAAUGCGUAGGCUAGUUCAUUAGUGGAGAGUAGAAAAAGCAAAAAAAGGCCAUCUUUUUCCACUCUGGUAGCUAGCUAUGUUCUUUUCCUGUUUGUUAGCACUUUUUAAACUUUGAUGCCUAAAGAUCUGAUUCCUUAUCCUUCCCAGUGUAAAGAUCUGAACGCCUUUUGCUGUAUGUAGCUCUGUUUAACUCUUUUACCCUGAAUGGUAGCUCUGCCUCUUUUAUUAUCAAACCACCAGGUCUAAUUCUGACUAGUAUGUCUAUAAGCAUGCUGUUUAUACAAUGCAGUAAAAAACAAACAUAACUUAUGUGUUGCAUCAUGCAUGUAGAUCAGAAAUGAUCGUCUUUGUGGUGUCCAACUGGAACUUUCCAUCAUUUACAGUAGUUAUUCCAUCUCCACAUGGUCCAGUGUCCUUUGUGUUCCCAACCUCUCCCCCACUGUCAAACCGGAGGGUAUUUGCAGGCAUAUCGAUACACUAACUAAUCUAGAAAACGACUCUUGGAACUGUGUUAGUGUUACCCCACAUUGCCAUGUGAUACCCACUGAAACGACUUUGUUUCCAUGAAACCAAGAGUUACAGUUUAUGAUAUAGGCAUAUAGCAAGACUGAAAGUUUUGACCUUUUUAACAAAAAGUUCUGGUCUUGUGAUACUACAGCACCAUUAAUAACAUGCAGAGCCCUGUUCCUAUCAGGUAGGAACUUUUCUGUAAAAUGGUGGUGUGUGAAUCUUACAGCAUCGACCCUUUAAUCACGGUGGAAAGUUAACUCGAGAUUUCAGGGGAUCUUGUAUAUUUUUUUCUUCUUCUUUCGUUGAUGAUAAUUCUCAGCAGCAGCAGCAUCAUCAUGAAUUUCAGCAUGUGAAGUCAUUAUCGAUUGUGUUUGUCGAAUUAGGAGAAUGUGGCUAUUAUUAGGGUUGUUGAUUUGGGGAAUAUGACCAAUAGAGAUGAUGGAUGAUUUAUUGGCAGGAACACAGGGGAGAUGACGGUGAACCCAGGAUUCAACGGUGGCGGGCCCGGGACGACAACCUACACCGGGUCCCCCAGCGCCGGACGCACCAGCAGCAGCGGCGGGGACGGUGAUGGCGAUGUGUUUGGGAUGAUAUUUGGGAGCGGGGCGGCGCCACCCACUACUGCUGCUGUUUCCGCCUCUUCAUUGUUUUUGUCCCUUUCGAUUAUUUUAAUUCUGUACACUGCUACUACGACCAACUAUUGGGGGCCUUCAUUCUCCUCCCUCCCGUUAUUAUCUUCAUUGUUGUAGAGACUGCAUAAUUUGGACUCUACAAAUGGGGGAAAAGGAAGAAGAAAAAAGUAUACGGAAAAAAAAAUACAAGGAACAAGAGAAAGUUCAUCUUCUUGAAUAUGUACAUAAAACAAGAUGACACAAAAAAAGAAAAUGAUUUAAGAUUACAAAGAUUAAUUGUUUCGGGUCGUUUUGAGAAUGUGAUUUGGAUCGUUGAUUCGUAGAAUUUAUAGCCAUAAAGAAAGUAAUGUUCUUUUUAUAAAACCAAAAGUAGAGAUUUUGAGCACCAAAUCAGAGGCCAGCUGAUAUGGUAGAUGUGACCCAAACAACACUUGAAAUGGAGCAUUUUGAUGUGAUCUGUUGAGUCGUUGUAUUUGUAGUCUGAUAAUUGUUAGUCCGGAACGAGCAAACACCCGAUUAAGAUAUGUGGUUUAAUGACCUUUUCUUCUUGUACAGUGUUGAAUGUUUGACUUUAGGUACGAUUCUCCAUGAUAUAUGACGAAAGCUGUUAAAUUGGUUGGGAUUAGGAAGCUAUCGUUGUCCAAUCUACACAUAAUAUAAUACACCGAAGGGAAAAACGGGAGCCCCAUUUCAAAUUUCCUGCAACGAGAGUGAAAGUAGGAAGGACAUUUUGGUCUUCACACUUACUUUUUUUAAUUCAUUAAAAAGACACGUAGUGAGAUUUGAACCAUGACCAUUUUAAGGAAAAGUAAGGAUCAUAACCAAUCACACUAAGUACAUUUGUUGCAUCUUUUUAAAUUAAAAAGAUAUAAUAGCAAAGAGGAAAAAAUCCUUCCCCCAUUUCAAAUUUCCUGCUCCAGGAGCGUUUGUAGGAAUGAUAGAAUAGGGAGUGUCAAUUUUUUCCUCUUUCCUCUGUGGAACGGGCCAACUUACCGUACAAAUGCGGAUUUAAACGGGUUCAAGAGUGUCAAUUUUUUCAUUAAGCCCUUUUAUUUCUCCGUGGUGAUAAAAUAUAUAUGAAGAGGCAAAAACAAUACUUCUUUUUAUUGCUAAAAAUAAAAAAUUUAACAAUAAACUAAUGCAUGGUAUCUAAUGGGCUAACCGCUAACCAUAAAAUAAAAGAGUUGAAUUGGUUUGACCUACACGGGAUUUGGCCAUCAAGUAAAACAAAUGAACAUCAUUGGUUUGACAUUCUAAAACAAGCUAUUUUCUCUGGCAUAAUAUAUUAUGCUAUUAUUUUAUAUCUUAGUGGCUAAAAUAUAAUGUAUUUUAAAGUUAUUCAAUAGUUCAACCUCGACCAACCCAAUUAGUCCAAUUUUUAUCAUUUCAAAUAUAUAUUAUAUAAUUAUUUGAUAUCAUAAUGAUCAAAUCAUAGUGUAUUUUAUAGGGAAUCGUUUGGUAUUUGUUAGUAAAAAACUAAACAGAAAGAUCUAUUUGGUUAUUUUAAACAUUAAAACGAUCCUAACAUUUUCAGUUCCUUUUGAAUUUCUAUAGUUUUAUUCCCGAAUAAGUGAUGUGCAAAUGACAGUCAUCUCUUUUCUUUCACUAUUUUUUAUUUUCAAAUAAAAAGUUUAAAAAUAAAGAAUAAUUAGAAUUUGGCAUGGGUCGGUCAAACAGGCUGCAUUUCAAGUUUUGGCCCCUUUUGAUCAAGUCUAAUUUAUAAUCACAUGGUUCCCUGAUACCCGAUAAAAAUCUCAAUCCAAACCAGUUUGGCAGGUGAGUCCGUGUUUACCACCAUUUUCUAGGGAUACGACAACGACGGUUCCUAUCCCAAAUCGUGUUGUUCGUUCUUUAUUUCCUUAGAUUUUAUCAUAGCCUGAAAAAAACCAGAAAGCACAAUGACGACAAGAUGAAAGUUUUAUAAACCAAAUUAAUCGGCCAACGGGCCGAGUAAAAGCUAGCAACGAUUGUGAGAUGCUCAUUUACCGAAAACCGACGGGAUAGGGUAUUUUUUAUUCGAUUUUCUGGAAUUCAGUUUCUAUAAAACUUACUCCACCUCACCAUAUUACCAGAAACAAUAUUGUUUCACAAGGUAACAGGUACUUGAUUUUGGUUCAUAAGGCCGAUUUUUGAUUUGUUGCAUCAUUAAUGUCUCUUUUCUGCUAAAAUUCACUAUUUUUAUCACGUGUUUCCCAAAAAAACUAUACAACAAUAAGUUAUACACCCCAUUACAUUAUCAAAUUUCAUACCUCACCUUCCUCUAGGGAUGAAAACAAAAUCCGAACCCACGGGUACCCACCCUACCCAACUCGGUCAACGCGGGUAAAAUCCGUGUUGACGGGUUUUGGGCCGGGUUUGGGUUUAAACCCGUUCAAUAUUCAUCGUGUUGGGUUGGGUUUGGGUUUAGGUAAACCUGACCCAUGGGUACCCGCCCACACCCAUAUAAUUAAUUUUCUCGAUAUAUUUAAUAUUCUAAACAACUUAUCUUAUUUAUGUUUGUGGAGACAUGUCUAAUUUUUUCUUUCUAAUUGUGUAGAAUGAAGUUGAUGUUAUCGAGUGGAGAGUGAAGAAACUUAAUUGAAAGGAUGAAGCUUUCAAUUAAUCAUGUUAUUUAUGGAUAAUUUGUUAUUUGCUUGAAUUUUCUAGAAUGGUAUUUUAUAUAUGGAUAAUUUGUAUUGAGAGAUUGAUAUUUGACUUUAAUUUUGAUAGCAACUUGUUAUUGUAAAUUUUUUAAGACAAAAACCUGUGGGUAACCAUGAACCCGCGGAUACCCAGGGGGUUGAGUUGGGUUUGAGUUUUUCAAACCCAGUGGAUUUUACCCCGAAUUUUUUUCACGGAUAAACCCAUGAAUUUGGAUUUGAAUUUGGCAAAACCCGACCCAUUGCCAUCCUACCUUCCUCCGGCCAACUGGCCGGGGCCCACUAGUUCUAAUAAGAUUCUUGCUGGAAGCAUACAAUUAUACAAAUACUGUAAUGCGCUUCUCCAUGGGUGUGUGGUAACUGAAAGGGUAAUAAUCCGCAAUUAAUUGUCCAACUCUAUUCACCAUCUUCCUACUGUUCUUUAUAUAUAUACUAGCUUGUAACCCGACCCGUUGGUCGGAGGAGCUGAGCGGAAUAUUGAAUUAUUAGGAUAACCCGUAGAUUCAACCAUUAAGCUAAAUUGGUCUAAUGGUGAGUACCGCCUAGCAUAUCCCUAAUAAUCAUACCAAAGUGAAUAUAUUGGAACAUAAACAGUACAUCAAAAGUUGGUACAACCAUGAAGUUAGACCAUUAAAAACAUACCAAUGAAAUUGAAUAGCAUCGAAAAACUUCAACUUCAUUAUAUAAUUACAUGAGAUCAGAAAGAGAACACCAUUAAUUUGAUUUAUAAAACUUUCAUCUUGUCGUCAUUGUGCUUUCUGGUUUUUGUCAGGCCAUGAUAAAAUCUAAGGAAAUCAAGAACGAACAACACGAUUUGGGAUAGGAACCGCCGUUGUCGUAUUCCUAGAGAAUGGUGGUAAACACGAACUCACCUGCCAAACUGGUUUGGAUUGAGAUUUUUAUCGGGUAUCGGGGAACCAUGUGAUUAUAAAUUAGACUUGAUCAAAACGGGCCAAAACUUAAAAUUCAGCCUGUUUGACCGACCCAUGCAAAAUUCUAAUUAUUCGUUACUUUUAAACUUUCUAUUUGAAAAUAAAAAAUAGUGAAAGAAAAUAGAUGACUGCAAUUCGCCAUUUGCACAUCACUUAUUCGGGAAUUAAACCAUAGAAAUUCAAAAGAAACUGAAAAUGUUUAGGAUCGUUUUAAUGUUUAAAAUAACCAAAUAGAUCUUUCUGUUUAGUUUUUUACUAACAAAUACCAAACGAUUCCCUAUAAAAUCACUAUAAUUUUAUCAUUAUGAUAUCAAAUAAUUAUAUAAUAUAUAUUUGAAAUGAUAAAAAUUGGACUAAUUGGGUUGGCCGAGAUUGAACCAUUGAAUAACUUUAAACUACAUUAUAUUUUAGCCACUAAAAUAUAAAAUAAUAUAAUAAUAUAUAUUAUGCUAGAGAAAAUAGCUUGUUUUAGAAUGUCAAACCAAUGAUGUUCAUUUGUUUUACUUGAUCGCCAAAUCCGGUGUAGGUCAGGCCCAUUCAACUCUUUUAUUUUAUGGUUAGCGGUUAGCCCUUUAGAUACCAUGCAUUAGUUUAUUUUUAAUUUUUUAUUUUAUUUUUAGCAUAAAAAGAAGUAUUGUUUUUGCCUUUUCAUAUAUAUUUUAUCACCACGGAGAAAUACAAGGGCUUAAAGAAAAAAAUUGACACUCCUGAACCCGUUUAAAUCCGCAUGUGUACGGUAAGUUGGCCCGUUCCACAGAGGAAAGAGAAAAAAAUUAACACUACCUAUUCUACCCUUCCUACAAACGCUCAUGGAGCAGGGAAUUUGAAAUGGGGGGAAGGGGUUUUUCCUCCCUGCUAUUAUAUGUUUUUGAUUUAAAAGGAUACAACAAAUGUACUUAGUGUGAUUGGUUAUGUUCCUUGCUUUUCUUUAAAAUGGACAUGGUUCGAAUCCCAGUAUGUGUCUUUUUAAUGAAUAAAAAAAAGUAAUUGUGAAGACCAAAAUGUCCUUCCUACUUUCACUCUCGUUGCAGAAAAUUUGAAAUGGGGCUCCCGUUUUUCCCUUCGGUGUAUUAUAUUAUGUGUAGAUAUAUAGGAUCUUCCUAUAAAAAAUUGGAUCUGGGCCGGAGACUUCACAAAGAGGCCUCUCGAAAUUGAACUAAUCAAUCAACUGAACCGUACAAACAGACUCGGGCUUAGCUAUGAGUCAAUUCUUAUCCAACAAGGUUGAAACCAAACUGGACUAGAGCCCAUAUCAAACUCAGCCCAACCAAAUUUAGCUCAUUCCAGCUAGAUGGCCAAGAUCCUUCCAACUUCCAAGGUUGUCAAACCGGUUUAAUGCAUUGAGUCGGUCAAGCAAGAUGUUUGAGGUCUAAUGGUUUGAUUGGGGUCCGGCCAGUUUGAUCCGUUUUAGAUGUUUUCUAAAUAUAUAUAACUGAGGUAGUAAAGAAAGAUUUAAUAACUGAAAUGAAAUUUAUCAUACAUGUAUCUAUUAAAAACUUAUUUUUCACAAAAUAAAUUUACCUAACUAUCAUGACCCGUCCACCAUCUCUCUUACUUCGUUCAUCUUCCAGUCUUCCUCUCCUCCCCAUCUUUUCUUCUCUCUCUUUAGAAGUGAGAUCGAGAGCUUUCUGUAAGUCGUUUUGAAGUUUGAAUUAGGUUGGACCGGGCCUUAGAUCUGGAUAUAGCAAUCUGAUGGUUAAAAACUGGGAAGGGCUAUUUAAUUAAGGCAAAAUACACCCGUAUAGCCAAAACUUUGACGAUUUUGUCAAACAUAGCCAAUUUUGACGAAAUACCAAAAAUAGCCAUUUCCGUCCAAUUUUUUGACGGUGUGAGUUAACGUGCUGACUGGACUAACAGAAAAUCUGACAUGUCAAACUUUUAGUUUAUAAAAAUACUAGUGUGGGCCCCGGCCAUUUGGCCGGAGGAAGGUAGGAUGGCAAUGGGUCGGGUUGGGUCGGGUUUUGCCAAAUUCAAAUCCAAAUUCAUGGGUUUAUCCGUGAAAAAAAUUCGGGGUAAAAUCCACUGGGUUUGAAAAACUCAAACCCAACUCAAACCCCUGGGUAUCCGCGGGUUCAUGGGUACCCACAGGUUUUUGUCUUAAAAAAUUUACAAUAACAAGUUGCUACCAAAAUUAAAGUCAAAUAUCAAUCUCUCAAUACAAAUUAUCCAUAUAUAAAAUACCAUUCUAGAAAAUUCAAGCAAAUAACAAAUUAUCCAUAAAUAACAUGAUUAAUUGAAAGCUUCUUCCUUUCAAUUAAGUUUCUUCACUCUCCACUCGAUAACAUCAACUUCAUUCUACACAAUUAGAAAGAAAAAAUUAGACAUGUCUCCACAAACAUAAAUAAGAUAAGUUGUUUAGA